CAGUAGUUUUCCCCUCCUGCUCCACUUCUACUUUGUAGUUUGUAGUCUAGUGCUCCACUAAGUGUUCUUAUCUUCCAUUAUUGAACUCUCCCUCUUUUUCUCUGUCUUCUUUUCUUUGAUUUCUGCACAAUUCAUCUGGAGUUUCUUUUGUAUUAGUUCAUAAGCUGCUAGCUAGCUGGAUAAAAAAGUUUAUACCGCUCCAACUUUGAUGUGCAUUUAUCAUCUUUCAGCAGAAAAUUGAAGCUUAACGGAAAUACAAUGAUGUCUCCUCACAUGCCAGAGAAAGUUGGGAACUUUGCAUGGAUUUAUCCUACUGUUCAUUGGGGUUUCAAGAUUUUAUUGAUGGCUGUCUUUCUUGGGAUGUUGAUUUUUUGUAGCAUGGAUGGUAUAUAUAUGGGUGGACUUCAGAGGAAUUUUGUUACUUUGAAGAUUAAUAAUAGUAGUACAAACUUGACAAAAAGCCUUCAAGAUUUGAACAUUACUGAUGUUUCUCAACUUCAGCCGUAUAUAAGACAGCAUUACCUGAAUCUGAAUCACACCCUGAGAAACUUGACAAAAAUCCACGAAAUUUUGGCUCCAGAUGUUGCUCCUGAACCAGCCAAUUUGGCUGAGAAGGGAGUUAAUGAUACCCGUUUUGAUCCUCAAGCUUUACCCCUGUUUUCAGCCCGAAAAGAUGAAAAUUUGGAAGACACUGUUAAGCCAAUGAUUAUCCCUUGGGUUUUAGCUGAAUUAGAGGCAAAUUAUUCAUCAACGUUGCUUUCUGGUUGGUUGGCUCCUGGUGGUGAACCGUGUAAGGAUUCAAGAACUGAGGGUAUCUCAGUCCCAAGUCUGGAUGGUCAGGAGAGUAUCGAGUUGUCUACUGGAGAUAUCCAUGAAUUUAGGAUCCAGGCAUUGGAUGGUUUUGGAAAGCAUCAUUGCUUAGGUGGUGAUUAUUUUGAAAUUGACCUUUCUGGUGAAAAUUGGAAGUCUAGGCCUCCAAUUACGGAUAUGGGGAAUGGCACCUACACAUUUCGGCUCCAAGUCCAUCCAGAUUUUGAAGGACGUUAUAAUCUUACCAUUAUUCUGCUGUUUCGACAUUAUGAAGGACUAAAAUUUUCUCCUGCUAGAUUUGCAAUUGAUAGAGUUCUUCGUGUUUUCCCAAUUAAAUUCCAGAAAUCAUCCGCUCAGUUACCAGAAAUCUGUCAAUGCGUGAAGUCUGAUUUUGUCAGAGAUGUUUGGUCUGGUCGAUGGACUCGGCAUGCCAAGAAUGAUAGCUGCCCUAUUAGUUACGAUGGACGAUACAGAUGCCAAGAACCACUGUUCCCCUGCCAACAUCCAUGGUGUGAUGGCCCUAUGGGGAUUUUGGAAAGUAAUGGUUGGGUGUAUUCAACACAUUGUUCAUUUAAGAUGUUUAACAGUGAACAAGCCUGGAAUUGCUUAAGUAAUCGCUGGAUUUUCUGGUGGGGAGACUCAAACCAUUGUGACACCAUCCGUAACAUCCUUAACUUCAUCCUAGGAUUGGACUUUGCAACUGUUCCUCGAAGGUUCGAUAUGAACAUCACAAAUCCCAAGAAUCCUUCGCAAGUUGUUCGAAUUACGAGCAUUUUCAACGGUCAUUGGAAUGAAACUUCAAACUAUCAGGGAUUGAACUCAUUGUCAAACGCAGAGUACAGAGAAUUGUUGAAAGGUUACUUUUCACGUGAAGUUGUCCCAGACACUUUGAUAAUGAAUUCUGGUUUACACGACGGGAUCUAUUGGCCUAAUCUUAGGCAUUUCAUCAAGGGAGCAGAUUAUGCCGCAGCAUUUUGGUCUGAGAUAUUGGAAGGGCUGAGGAGGAAGGGGAUGCCCCUGCCAGAAGUCAUAUAUAGAACCACCGUGACAACUGGUGGCUAUGCUAGAAGCUUGGGAUUUAAUCCGUCCAAGAUGGAGGCCUUCAAUGGAGUAGUGAUAGAUAAGUUGAGGCAGUACAAUGUGAUCAGCAGAGUGAUCGAUGAUUUUGAUAUGACCUUUCCGUGGCACUAUGAUAACAGGGCCAACGAUGGGGUUCAUUAUGGCCGUGCCCCGCUGAAGAUGAAGUGGAGGGAUGGCCAAAUUGGUCACCAGUAUUUUGUGGACCUUAUGCUUGGUCAUGUACUGCUGAACGCGUUAUGCGCAAGAUCGUAGUGUAUCAAGGCAAAACCAUAUUGCUCACUUGGGAGGCCUUUUGCUGUCAAUGCCUCAAUUCUUAGUUGGGAGUCGGCGAGUGCAGGAAAGUAUUGGCAUAGUGAAAGUUCAAGCCGGGCUGUUGAGAUUUUGAUAGAGGAAAGAUGGUCUGCCAAGGCAAAGAAGGAAGCGCAAUCAUAGGAGGUUGGACUAAAUUGGUCCUUCCAUACUACUUACAUUUGGUUGUACUGUGAAAAUUCAGUAGUGAUUCUUUUCAUUUUCUGUCGUUCGUUGGUGUCCCACUUGGUCAAAUACCACUGUAGAAUAGUUGAAUACAUCUAUAGAUUCUUUAUUUUUUAUAACCGUUUUGCUGUAAAGUUCCAAUAAAGUACGAUGUUAAGUAUCAUCAAAA